ACUUAAAGCUCCUGACACACCAGAAGAGGUGAAGGACCUCGGUGACAUGAGGCGGAGAGAUUAUGGCUGAGGGAGCUGGGAGCUGUCUGUGGUGCUGAACCUCAUAUCGUCAACAUCGGCUUCACCUGGCUUCUCAUGGGUGGACCAGCAAAUGAGGAGCUCCACACAGAGGUCGGCAGCUCGGGGUGACAUGGCCACACCAGGGCGCUCUAUCAAACACCAAAGGCUUCACCAAGCCCGAGGAAGGUUCGCAGCCCGCGGCCAUGUUCAUUGAUCUACGGAACAGUCACGGGAUUAAGAUUUACACCGGACCUCGGCGCUGUAAUUAACACCCGCGCAGGCCGCAUGCAUCGUGGGGCCAUUUUUCCCCAAGUAGGAGACAGAACGCCAGAGUGAAGGACGCUGGGUUUUUAAUGAACAAGCGUGUCGCGGCUUGCUGCUCAGUGCACCAGAGACUUCCUCCCAGUCCGCUGCUGUUCUUUCUGCCUGAGUAACCACAUCGACGUGCAGUAAUCACUUUGACUCUGACUCUUCAGCACCAACCCUCCUAAAGAUGAGCAACACCAACUACUGGGUCGUGGACUACGACCUGGCCUCGCCAGCGCCCCCCGGGCUUCCCAGGGCCCCCACCGCUCUCCAGCCGGUCGCAGGGCACCCGGAUCAGGGGACGGCUCUGUGCUUCGUGGGCCUGCUCGUGCUGCUGCUGCUUUUCCUCCUGGUGCGCUGCGUUCGCAUCCUGCUGGACCCCUACAGCAGCAUGCCGUCCUCAUCCUGGACGGACCACAAAGAGGGUCUGGACCGCGGACAGUUUGACUAUGCACUAGUUUGAGGUUUUCAGUUGAGGAUCAAGUGAUCAUUUUGCUGAGGAUUUGAAUGAAAUGAGUUCAGUCAUUUUGAGGAAACACAGCGACACAUAAAUAUACAUUUUUGUGCAGCAGAAACAUGUACAUCUGGAACAUACAUCUGGAAAUAAUUUUCCAAUAACUUUUACCCCAGAAACAUAUUGAUUUCAUUUUCCCCAGUAACUCCAUCUGUUCUUCCAGCUGAUAAAUAUUCUUCAUCUAACCCUCAAAUUGACAUGAAAAGUUCCGGUUAGCGCCACAAACAAGUCUCUAUUUCACAGUACUCAACACUGGAAGUUAAGACUGAGAUGCUAACAGCAAGGAUGCUAACGGCUAGGCUGUAAAAACUAAGACAAGAAACUAUCAGAACCUCUGCUUUUUCUUUAUCUGAGGUUUCUGUUUUACUACCUGAACUGCAGCAAGAACUAUUCAAUGGAGAAUGUUAAACCAAAGUCAGGUGCCAAUUCAGGGUUGAGAGGCGCUAAUGGCAAAGGAGCUCAUGUAAAUAAAAAGCCAAAAAGAUGUUUGUUGUUUUGUUACUGUCUUUAAAUUGUCAUUUAAAUACAUCAACAUACAAUUUUAAAUUGAACCCAUAUAAUAUAGAUGAAUAGAUAAAACACCUGAGCACAAUAAAUGUCCUCUUUUAUUAGAUUUUUGUUUUUAUUUAUGGGGGUCCUGAAACAUGUUUGACUCCUGUUUUUAUUCUAUUUCAUCACCUUGUUAUUGAUGUAUGUUAGGGAGUAACGUGUCAAUGUGUUAAGACCAAAGGGUGUUGAAUAUUACUGUAUUAGUAACGUCGUAGUCCUCAGGUUAGGCUUCACUUAACAAAUGUGUAUUUUUCUAAAGGACAAUGUGGUCUCAAGCUCUGUGACAUGGCAGACAGAGAGAGUCAUUUUGAGUAUUUGCAGUCGUCAUCCCUUUAACAAACGUGGAGGUCCAGCGACCGUCUCUUGUGUCAUGUAAUGUGGUAAUUGUAAAAUGCAUGCAGACUAAUUUCCUGCCCUAAUCCUGUUUGCCUUCAGUCUGGUUGUGUGCACCAGCCACAUCUGCAAACAGUGCCUGUAGCUGCUCCUCCAAGCUAUUUUUAUUGUUCGAAUGUUUGUGCUCUUAUUGUACCCUGAAGCUCUAACCGAUGUGGAUAUAAAAGGACCUUUUAUAGAUUUGUAUCUAAAAGCCUGUUUAUUUAUGUUUUUUUUCUUCAAAUGAAUCGGCAAAAUGUAGUUUUUUUUGGGGGGGGAUAUUUUAGCAGGAUAAAAAUCAAACGAGAAUAUUUUCCUAAUGUUGUCUUUCAAAUUUCUAAAUAAAUAAGAGCUUUUUCUUGUCAUAUGUUCUGCAUCACCCCACCGCGGCAAACACAACCUCUGAAAGCAAACACACAUAAACUUUACAUGAGCA